CGACAGAGUGAGACUCCAUCUUGAAAAAACAAACAAAAGCUUAACUCACAAUCUCUGCGACACACCCUACCUAUGUUGUAGGUGCUGUCUGUGAGCACAUUUUACAGAGGGGAAACAGGCUCCAGAAGGGGGGUGUUAUCUGCCCGAGGGUUCUCUGAUGGAACAUGGCCCCGCUUGUUCCCUCCUAAUCACUCCAGACCCUGGUGUUGUCCCCAGUUGGGCCCAUGGGGCAAUGGAUAGCCCCUAUUCUUCUCCUGAAUCCCUCCCCAGGCUCCUGCCACUUCCCUUUCUCACUUCCCUUGUGCUGACCACCCCCACCACAAGCUGACCACAGGGAACCUCUCAGGAAACGAGGGCUGAGGUUAAGGCUGGAGGUUAAGGCAGGGUGGAAGAUGGAGCAAUUGCCUCGAUGCCUCCUCCACCCCCAUGAGCAGGGACACACUGAGCAUGGCACACUCACUUCACCCUGGUUCAACAUCCCCACGAGGUUGACCCUGUCAUUACAUUAGAGAUUAUGCAUUUUCCACAUAGAGAAACUGAGGCUCAGGGAUGUUAAGUGACUCACCCAAGGUCACACGGCUAGGAAGUUGCUGCACGCUCUGUCCUAGGAGCUUCAAUUGAACACUGAGAGGUUGCUGGGAGGAGCAUGAGGUGCUGGGGAUACAGCAACAAGCAAAACAAGACCAAGAGUAAGACAGGAAAUGGGGAGGGGAGAGUAGAAGAGGAGGCAGAGGGGACAGGGUGGGGUCCAAGCAGGAUGCCCUCCCAGUUCCUCCUGCCUCUAGGUUCCUCUUUCCCUGCUGACUCCAGGAGCAGAUCAACCCAGAUAAAGCGUGAUCUCCUCUCUGGUAGAGGUGCAGGGGGCAGUACUCAACAUGAUCACAGAGGGAGCGCAGGCCCCUUGCUUGCUGCUGCCGCCGCUGCUGCUGCUGCUCACCCUGCCAGUCACAGGCUCAGACCCCGUGCUCUGCUUCACCCAGUAUGAAGAAUCCUCGGGCAAGUGCAAGGGCCUCCUGGGGGGUGGUGUCAGCGUGAAAGACUGCUGUCUCAACACUGCCUAUGCCUACCAGGAACUUAAUGGCGGGCUCUGUCAGCCUUGCAGGUCCCCACGAUGGUCCCUGUGGUCCACAUGGGCCCCCUGUUCGGUGACAUGCUCUGAGGGCUCCCAGCUGCGGUACCGGCGCUGUGUGGGCUGGAACGGGCAGUGCUCUGAGAAGGUGGCACUUGGGACCCUGGAGUGGCAGCUCCAGGCCUGUGAGGACAAGCAGUGCUGUCCUGAGAUGGGCGGCUGGUCUGACUGGGGGCCCUGGGAGCCUUGCUCCGUCACCUGCUCCAAAGGGAUGCGGACCCGCAGACGAGCCUGUGAUCACCCUGCCCCCAAGUGUGGAGGCCACUGCCCGGGAGAGGCACAGGAAUCAGAGGCCUGUGACACCCAGCAGGUCUGCCCCACACACGGGGCCUGGGCCGCCUGGGGUCCCUGGACCCCCUGCUCAGGAUCCUGCCACGGUGGACCCCACGAACCUAAGGAGACACGAAGCCGCACGUGUUCUGCACCUGAGCCUUCCCAGAAGCCUCCUGGGAAGCCCUGCCCAGGGCUAGCCUAUGAGCAUCGGAAGUGCACCGGCCUGCCGCCUUGCCCAGUGGCUGGGGGCUGGGGGCCUUGGGGCCCUGUGAGCCCCUGCCCUGUGACCUGUGGCCUGGGCCAGACCAUAGAACAACGGACGUGCAAUCGCCCUGUGCCCCAGCAUGGAGGCCCCUCCUGUGCUGGUGAUGCCACCCGGACCCACAUCUGCAACACAGCCGUGCCCUGCCCUGUGGAUGGAGAGUGGGACUUGUGGGGACAGUGGAGCACCUGUGUCCGCCGGAACAUGAAGUCCAUCAGCUGUGAAGAAAUCCCGGGCCAGCAGUCACGCUGGAGGACCUGCAAGGGCCGCAAGUUUGACGGACAUCGAUGUACCGGGCAACAACAGGAUAUUCGUCACUGCUACAGCAUCCAGCACUGCCCCUUGAAAGGAUCAUGGUCAGAGUGGAGUACCUGGGGGCUGUGCAUGCCCCCCUGUGGACCUAAUCCUACCCGUGCCCGCCAGCGCCUCUGCACACCCUUGCUCCCCAAGUACCCGCCCACCGUUUCCAUGGUCGAAGGUCAGGGCGAAAAGAACGUGACCUUCUGGGGGAGACCGCUGCCACGGUGUGAGGAGCUACAGGGGCAGAAGCUGGUGGUGGAGGAGAAACGACCAUGUCUACACGUGCCUGCUUGCAAAGACCCUGAGGAAGAGAAACUCUAACACCUCUCUCCUCCACUCUGAGCACCCUGACCUUCCAAACCUCAAUAAACUAACCUCUUCGA